AUGAAGUUUGCGCCCGAAUUCACCCUACUCCUUUUGCUCUUCUUCGUCCACUCUUCACAGGUCCGAUCCUAGAUCCUAGAUCCGUUUACAAGCCAAGAGGAGCAAAUAAUCAAAUUGUCUUCUUGUGUGGAGUGCAAAGAUUGAGACGUCUGAAUUUAGGCAAAAGGCAAACGACGGAAAUGUCCGGAGGGCGCGUGGUCGGAGGGCAAGAUCAUGAACACGAUCAUGAGCAACUACACGAAGAUGCUGCCGGACGCCGAGGACAGUGUGCAGGUCAACAUCGAGAUCCACGUGCAGGUCGGUUUUGAACUGCAUCAUGAACUGGCGGUGGGGGGAUUAGCUGGACAGAAUGUGACAACUUUUGUGCCCAGAAGGCAGUUUUUGCAGUGAACUUUGCAGCAAACACCCUCUGGCUCUGAAGGGAUAAUGAAAAUUGUGUGUGUGUGUGUGUAUGCAUGUGUGCGUGCUCUUUUGAGCCGACACUCAUCAAUCUUACAAGUCAAAACUGCGGCCCUCUUCUAGCUCUAGGUCAAAGACUCUCUUGUUUACAUUCAAUUUGGACCAGUUACCCUUCCUCCUCUCAAGGAUGUUGAUCAAAACUCAAGAGCUGUUCAAAAUAACUGGCACUUUUUCGGGUGAUUCUUUCGGAAGAACAACUCGGAUUUUUUGAAGAAAAAGAGCGACGAAGUACGAUCAAGUUGGCGGCACUUUUCACUGAAUUUGAUGAAAAAGCGUUUGAUAAGUUUGUCGGAAACUGGUCCCCCGGGGGCGCCGCUUGGCGGCAGUUUUGGAAACAUUUUGUCGAGAAUGGCGAAACGGAAGGGGAACUUGUUGCAGGAUAUGGGAAGUCUGAAUGAGAUAUCGUCCGACUUCGAGAUCGACAUUCUGUUCACUCAACUGUGGCACGACUCGGCGCUCUCGUUCGCCCACCUUCCCGCCUGUAAACGGUGAGCAUUCAGGCCCAAAACUUCUUCCAAACUGGCACAUGAAUCUUCAGAAACAUCACAAUGGAGACGAGACUCUUGCCGAAAAUCUGGUCGCCCAACACGUGUAUGAUCAACUCGAAGAAGACUACGGUACACGCUUCGCCCUCCGAAAACGUGAUGGUCAUCCUUUAUGAGGUGGGGGGUGUUCUUGAUGGAUUUGUGAUGUCACAAGGUCUAAGGACGAGUAAGGGUCAACCGGGAAACGCGUGUCAGGGCCGCCUUUCCUCAGAUUAGUAAAUUAUUGAUGGCGCAUCACGCUAAUUACAAGAAUGCGGCUUCUUUGUCUGACGACAGAGAGUACUGAGGAAGGGGGGCACUUCAGAAGAUGAGCUCACAAACCGGGAAAGGUUUUCAGAACGGAACAGUCUGGAUCAAUCACCGACUGAGUGUGAAGUCGCCGUGCAAUCUGGACCUCCGGCAGUUCCCGUUCGACGUGCAGACUUGCAUUCUCAUCUUCGAAUCCUAUAGUCACAACUCGGAAGAAGUGGAAUUGCACUGGAUGGAGGAGGCGGUCACUCUCAUGAAACCGAUCCAACUUCCCGACUUUGACAUGGUGCACUAUUCGACAAAGAAGGAGACCUUGUUGUAUCCGAAUGGCUACUGGGACCAACUGCAAGUCACCUUCACGUUCAAACGGCGUUACGGCUUCUACAUCAUCCAAGCGUACGUGCCCACCUACCUCACAAUCAUCGUCUCGUGGGUCUCUUUCUGUAUGGAACCGAAGGCGCUUCCGGCCAGAACGACAGUCGGCAUCUCGUCACUUCUGGCGCUCACGUUCCAGUUCGGAAACAUUCUGAAGAACCUGCCCAGAGUUUCCUACGUGAAAGGUUUGUGUUUUUGUGUCGGUCCGUGAGAGAAAACGCCUAAAGCGGAUUGCAGCGAUGGACGUGUGGAUGCUCGGGUGCAUCUCAUUCGUCUUCGGAACUAUGGUCGAGUUGGCAUUUGUUUGUUACAUUUCCCGCUGUCAGAAUAGCGUGAGAAAGUGAGUUAAUCGAAUUGGCGCGCGCGCGCGCGCAAGAUUGAAUUAACAGAAGACUAAUAAUAAUUUGUAGCGCCGAGCGACGGCGAGAAAGGAUGCGGAACUCGCAGGUGUGGGCGAACGGAUCGUGCCGGACAAGGAGCAACGGCUACGCGAACGGAGGAUCCAUCAUCUCGCACUAUCAUCCGGCGGCCAACGGGAACGGGCACAACAACAACAACAGACAGGACACGCCUCUGGUUACUGGAAGGUAUUCGAGCACAUCUAAAGGGGUUUCACAAUUCAAUUCCAGAGGAUCUAUGAACCGCGGAGGUCCCCCGUCUCCCUUGAAUCUUCAGAUGACCACCUUCGACUCGGAGAUUCCAUUGACCUUCGAUCAGGUAAGUGCUCCAGUUCCGUUCGCAUUUGCUCGUUUCCUCCUGAUUACUCAUUAUCUACCCACUUCUCUCCACUAACUUCAACCUGUUCAGCUGCCAGUUUCCAUGGAAUCCGAUAGACCCCUGAUUGACGAGGUAACAGCGUAGUCACUCACUCGAUUCCCUGUGUUAAAUACUCGCCUCCAUCCCUUUGUACUUUCUGUUCCACCUAUCCACAAUCCAUAUGAGUUCACUAUAUAUAUAUAUGUCCAUUUCACACGUGUCUGAUGUCUUCUGCUGAACCUAUAGUGACAGUUUCUUUCACAAAUCCUUCCACGUCUUCAUUCUCACUUGCAGAUGCGCUCCACCUCGCCGCCGCCGCCCUCUGGAUGCCUGGCCAGAUUCCAUCCGGAAGCCGUCGACAAGUUCUCCAUCGUCGCAUUUCCACUCGCAUUCACAAUGUUCAAUGUAGGGUGCUCUUCUCUGCGAAUUCGAUUCACUAUGAUUGUUUUCAGCUCGUCUACUGGUGGCACUAUCUGUCUCAAACUUUCGAUCAGAACUAUCAAUGA